AUGGAUGCACGCAAGGACGUCAUCUUUGUCUCGGUCGCCUCAUUCCGCGAUCCGCUCUGCCCGCUCACCCUUGCCUCGGCUCUGCUCGCCGCCCGUCGUCCACAGCGGGUUGUUUUCGGCCUCGUUGACCAGGGCGUCGCCAGUGAGCCCGAUGGCGAGCCCGACGCAGCCUCCUUCGAGCCGUGCGCCCAGGCGCUGGAGCGACUGUAUGGCGAUGAGAUCCGUGUCGCCACUGGGUGCCCAAAGCCCGGUCCGUUCGACUGUUCAGGCUUCCUCCGCGAGAUCCGCGUCUCCGAGGCCGACUCGCGCGGACCAGCAGUGGCGCGUGCGAUGGCAACCAGCCUCCUGCACGGCAACGACGCGUACUACAUGCAGAUCGACUCCCACACUGUCUUUGGUCCCCACUGGGACACUGCGCUCAUUCGCAUGCUGAAUGAGGCUGCCGAGCUUCACAACCGCCAUCACGACUGCACCGACGGUCUCGAUCACGCCGUCAUCUCUUCGUACCCCAACGAGUACUCGGCCGACAUGACCGCCUGCGACGACGAGCUGCACUGCACUGUCCGCGCCGCCGCCAAGGACGCACAUGCCUCGGCGCUGGGUGCUGACGCCGCCGUCAACUGCAUCUCGUUCAUCGAGCCGAACAUCAGGCUCACCUUUCAUCAAGCCAUGGGCUUUGCGCCCACCGUCCGCGUCGCAAAGUGGUCGGGCCUCUGGGCCGCCGGUCUCUCGUUCUCGCGGGCUUCUGUCUGGCGCGCUGUACCGUACGUUUCUGAUCUCAACUUUUUGUUCCACGGCGAGGAGCUGUUGCAUGCCGCGCGACUGUUCACCCACGGCAUCGACAUCUUCGCUCCCUCGUCCAACGUUGUCUACCACAAGUACGCCGGCCGCAAGUCCGGAUCGGUCUACACCUCGGCCGCUUACGGCUCGUCCAGCGCCGCUAUCCUCACCCACAAGUCGGCUGCCAAGGCAAAGCACCUGCUCGGUGCCCCGCUCUCGCCCGCCGAGUCCAUCCACCUCGACCUUCCCAUCCCGCCUGCCGAUGCCCUCGGCACUGCCCGCUCGCUUGACGACUUUUGGGCCUACACCCUCAUUGACAUCCAGAAUCUGGUCUUUGGUGAGCGAUGCGUCAAUACCUCGUCGCCCGACGGCGCCUACCUCAACAUGCUGCCGUCCGUCCACGCUCGCCCCACAUGGCGUCCGCUCAAUCCGCCUUCUCUCGACUAG